AUGACCAUGGCCGGGGCGCUGGCGGGUCUGGUCGCGGGCUUGCAAGGCCCGCGGGUCGUCCCCAGCCCGGAUUCGGACUCAGACACAGACUCGGAGGACCCGAAUACCCGGCGCAGCGCGGGCGGGCUGCUUCGCUCGCAGGUCAUCCACAGCGGUCACUUCAUGGUGUCGUCGCCGCACAGCGACUCACUGACCCGGCGGCGCGACCAGGAAGGGUCCCUGGGGCACGCCGACUUCGGGCCGCGCAGCAUCGACCCCACACUCACCCGCCUGUUCGAGUGCAUGAGCCUGGCCUACAGUGGCAAGCUGGUUUCUCCCAAGUGGAAGAAUUUCAAAGGCCUCAAGCUGCUGUGCCGGGACAAGAUCCGCCUCAACAACGCCAUCUGGAGGGCCUGGUACAUCCAGUAUGUGGAGCGGAGGAAGAGCCCCGUGUGUGGCUUCGUGACCCCCCUGCAGGGGCCUGAGGCUGAUGAGCACCGGAAACCUCAGGCCGUCGUCUUGGAGGGAAAUUACUGGAAGCGGCGCAUCGAGGUGGUGAUGCGCGAGUACCACAAGUGGCGCAUCUACUACAAGAAGCGGCUCCGUAAGUCCAGUCGGGAAGGGGAUCUUCUGGCCCCAAAGCAGGCGGAAGGGGGGUGGCAGCCACCGGAGCGAUGGUGCGAGCAGCUCUUCACCAGCGUGGUACCCGUGCUGCUGGGGGGCCCGGAGGAGGAGCCCGGCGGGCGCCAGCUUCUGGAUCUCAAUUGCUUUCUGUCUGACAUCUCUGACACGCUCUUCACCAUGACGCAGCCCACCCCCACACCCCUGCAGCUGCCCCCCGAGGACGCCUACGUGGGCAAUGCUGACAUGAUCCAGCCAGACCUGACGCCGCUGCAGCCCAGCCUGGAUGACUUCAUGGAGAUCUCAGAUUUCUUCACCAACUACCGCCCCCCACAGACGCCUACACCGUCAAACUUCCCAGAGCCCCACGGCUUCGGGCCCAUGGCUGACCCUGUCCUCGGCAGCGGGAUCCUGGGCUCGGAGGUGCCCCCUGCCUGCUCAGGCAUGACCCACCUCUCAGGGCAUAACCGCCUGCAGGCUCGGAGCAGCUGCCCUGGCUCCCUGGACUCCAGCACCUACCUGAACUCUGAUUUCCUCCUUCCUGAAGACCCCAAGCCCAAGCUCCCACCCACUCCUGCACCCCCACCCCUCCUCCAGUACCCUAGCCCUGCGAAGGGGCUGGGCUUGGAGCCCUGUCCCCCGCCUCACUUCCCUCCCAUGGCCCCGCCUCCUGCUCUGCUGCAAGAAGAGCCCCUCUUCUCGCCCAAGUUCGCUUUCCCUGCAGUCCCUCCUGCCCCGGGAGUGUCCCCGCUGUCUGCUCCCAUGGCCUUCCCACCCACCCCGCAGCCUGGCCCAGGUCCCGCCCCCUUCCCCAUAGACCUGCUACCCUCCGGCUAUUCGGAGCCCCCAUUUGGGCCUCACUUCCCGGUACCCCAAGGCACGCGGCCCAGAGGCAAGCCCCCUGCCCCGUCCCCCAGGGGGCGGAAGCCCGGCGCCCCCGCCGUGGCCCCUGCCACUGCCAGCCCCACUGCCACUGCCGGGAGCAACAACCCCUGCCUCACGCAGCUGCUGACAGCUGCCAAGCCUGAGCAAGCCCUGGAGCCUCCGCUUGUGUCCAGCGCUCUCCUCCGGCCCCCAGGGUCACCGGUAAGACAGCGGGCACUGGGAGGUGGGGCUGCACCCCAGGCCUUCACCCCGACUCUCUGCCCUUCUCCACCUCAGCAGGACACUCUCCCCGAGUUCCCCUGCACCUUCUUUCCCCCGACCCCGGCCCCCACACCACCCCGACUGCCUCCGGGCUCGGCCACCCCGGCCCCUCCCAGGCCCCUGAUUGUCCCCAAAGUGGAGCGGCUCUCGCCCCCAGCGCCCAGCGGUGGUGAGCGGCGGCUGUCUGCGGAGCUGACCUCGCUGGCAGGCCCGGGAACCCUGAGCAUCCGUAUCUCUCCCCCGCAACCCAUGCUGAGCCGGGGCCGUCCAGACAGCAAGACAGAAAACCGGCGCAUCACACACAUCUCUGCAGAGCAGAAGAGGCGUUUCAACAUCAAGCUGGGCUUUGACACGCUGCACGGGCUGGUGAGCACGCUCAGCGCCCAGCCCAACCUCAAGAUGAGCAAGGCCACCACACUGCAGAAGACAGCCGAGUACAUUGCCAUGCUGCAGCAGGAGCGUGCAGCCAAGCAAGAGGAGGCCCAGCAGCUCCGGGACCAGAUCGAGGAGCUCAAUGCCGCCAUCAACCUGUGCCAGCAGCAGCUGCCUGCUACCGGGGUGCCCAUCACACACCAGCGGUUCGACCAAAUGCGAGACAUGUUCGAUGACUAUGUCCGGACCCGCACGCUGCACAACUGGAAGUUCUGGGUAUUCAGCAUUCUCAUCCGGCCCCUGUUUGAGUCCUUCAACGGGAUGGUGUCUACAGCAAGCCUGCAGAGCCUUCGCCAGACCUCCCUGGCCUGGCUGGACCAGUAUUGCUCCCUGCCUGCUCUCCGACCAACUGUUCUGAACUCCCUACGUCAGCUGAGUACAUCCACCAGCAUCCUGACGGAUCCAGACUGUAUACCCGAGCAAGCCACACGGGCAGUCACAGAGGGCACCCUUGGCAAAUCUUUAUAGUGUUGGACAGACCCUGCUGCUCACUCAGCUACCCUGGGGCUGCUUUCCCUACGCACGCCCCUCCUGCCCCGAGUCCUGGCUGUCAAGCAGGGUUCCUUCUCAUCUCCCGGAAGCUGGAACGAACCGUGUUCCAGUCCCUGUUCUACUAUAGCAACUAAUGCUGUGAUCUGGGCGUGGGUGGGAGGGGGUGGGGGGCGGCGGGGGCGGGUAAGGGGGGCUCUUCCUCCCUCUUUGGACCUCCCGUUUUCAGUCUGCAACAUGGGGAUGGGGAAGCUUCGAAUGGAAGAGGAUCCCAAGGCCUUAGCAGCUGUGGUACUUGGGAGACUAACCUGGCAACUCAUGGAGUUUGAAAGAGGGAAGGGGGCGAUGCUUCCUUAUCACUCCCACCUGCUCCCCCCACAGGUGGGGCCCCAGCCUGUGUUUCUAAACAGCGAAACAAAGGAAGUUCCUUCUCUGUGCUCCUCCGCUGGUAGGGGAAGAGGCCACAGGGUGAUGUCCCCGGAUGAGGCCAGGAAGGUCUGAUCCCAGGAGAGAGUGGGCAGGGGGGUGACCAAACCAGGGCAGGUAUCUGGUGUGUGUGUGUGUGUGUGUGUGUGUGUGUGUGUGGAUACGUGUGUGUGUAUGUGGAUUUUGUAAAGAAUUCUUGAUCAAUAAAAACAGAAAGUGUCA